AUGAUGAUGAUGUUCUCCACAUGUUGUCUGCUCUUGGCGGUGCUCUCCGCUCCAGUCACCUGCGCAGGUCCUGAAGAUGAUGUGACGUGGAUGCGGACGGAGGGUGAAGAUGUGGAGCUGACGGUGCCCAGACGGCUCCUGCACCAGAUCCAUUCCGAUGAAGAGUUGGCGCACGAGCGAUUGGACACGCGGGUGAAUGGGCUUGCUGUGCCACAGGUGCACCUGGCCCAGACCUCCUUCACCCUCACAGCCUUCGGCAGAACCUUCGUCAUGGACAUGGAGCUCAACCAUGGUCUACUGUCCUCUGACUAUGUGGAACGGAUAUUUGAUGAGGAGGGAAGGAGUGUCCAAACUAUGGGAGGGGAGCAUUGCUUUUACCAUGGCAACCUGAGGGGGGUGCCACACUCAUGGGCUGCUCUCUCCACCUGCCACGGCCUCAGAGGGAUGUUCUCAGAUGGGAAGUCCUUCUAUGGAGUCGAACCAGUGGGGAACAGCAGUGAAGGGGAUGUCCAUGUUCAUGCUGUCACCAUGGAUAAAGAGGGGCUAAGCCAGUCCAAGAGACAGGGUCUGGGUGCUGUAAUAGCGAGUCUUUGGCUCCCCCUGCAGGUGAGAAGGGGACGGCGCACCGUUCUGACUGAAACCAAAUACAUCGAGAUGCUGGUGGUCAACGACCACGACCUGUUUCUUCAGAUGCGGAGGUCAGUCCCUCAGACGCGUAACUUUGCCAAAGCUGUGGUCAACAUGGCUGACGCGAUCUACAAGGACCAGCUCAACACCAGGAUUGUACUAGUAGCCAUGGAAACAUGGACAGCCCAUAAUAUGGUCUCCAUGGGAGACGACCCAAUGACCAUCCUGCGUGACUUCAUGAAGUACAGAAGAGAGAACAUCGGAGAGAGCAGUGAUACCGCACACCUGUUCUCGGGACGCACGUUCAUGAGUAAUCGCCACGGGUCGGCCUACGUUGGAGGGGUGUGCUCAGCGACACGCGGGGGCGGAGUCAACGAGUAUGGGAAUGUGGGUCCUAUGGCCAUCACACUCUGUCAGACACUCGGUCAAAACAUUGGGAUGAUGUGGAGCCGAGAGCGAGCAUCUGCAGGGGAGUGCAGAUGUCCUGACCCGUGGCUUGGCUGCAUCAUGGAAGACACAGGGUUCUAUCUCCCACGGAAGUUCUCCCGGUGCAGUAUAGAAGAGUACACACACUUCCUCCAGCAGGGGGGGGGUCGCUGCCUCUUCAACAAGCCCAGCAAGUUACUGGAUCCACCAGAAUGUGGGAACGGUUUUGUAGAGGUGGGGGAAGAGUGUGACUGUGGAUCUGCACUGGAGUGUUCUCGUGUGGGCGGGGCCUGCUGUAAAAAGUGUACUCUUACCCAUGAUGCAAUGUGCAGCAGUGGACUAUGCUGCCAGAGGUGCCGGUACGAGCUGCGCGGAGUUGUGUGUCGGGAUGCUGUGCAUGAGUGUGACAUUCCAGAGACCUGCACCGGUGACUCCAGCCAGUGUCCUCCCAAUGUGCACAAACUGGAUGGCUACAUGUGUGAUGCUGGGCAGGGUCGAUGCUAUGGAGGCCGAUGCAAGACACGAGAUGGCCAGUGUUGGAGUUUAUGGGGCCACAGCUCUGCUGACCGUAUCUGCUAUGAGAAACUCAACACUGAAGGCUCAGAAAGAGGAAACUGUGGGAUGGACUCUGGACAGAGCUGGUUGCCUUGCAACAAACAGGAUGUUCUCUGUGGGUUUCUACUCUGCAGUAAUGUCACACAGAGGCCACGCUUCGGAGACCCUGACGGUGAGAUCAGCAGCAUCACCUUCUACCACCAGGACAAGUACCUGGACUGCCACGGGGGUCAUGUGUUGCUGGACGAUGGCUCUGACGUGGGGUAUGUUGAAGACGGAACUCCGUGUGGUCCUGAUGGGAUGAUGUGUCUGGACCAGCGCUGUGCGCUCGCGACCUUUGACCUUUCAUCCUGCCCUGGCUCCUCCCCCUCACGCAUCUGCUCCGACCAUGGG